AUGCAAGUUACUCCUCUCGUAUCCAUCAAAUUGUUGACCUCCUCUCGAACCCUAGCAGCCAUUCGGACACAGCUGAACUCUCUUGUUGACCAAACAUGGCGAACGGAUCACGUCCAGAUCAAAAGCUACGAAGCUCCAGGCAAACAAUAUGCCCAAAUCCGGAUUUUUGGGCAGUCCAGAGAACCAAUUGCUAAGGCCAAGUCGGCCGUGGAGAAGCUCCUUGCGGGCCAGAUCGCCGCCGAUGGAAAUGGCCCAAUCACAAAACCGGCCUACUUCAGACAUUCAUUAAAGAGCUUUCUGAACAAUCUCGGAGCCGCAAAUGGUGUUUUCAUACACCAGGAUCUGCGUCGAUCGGUUCUCCGACUACACGGAGACGACACGGGUAUCAAACAAGUCGAACACGCUCUGGUGGCGAAACGUGCAGAACUCCAAGAACGUUCCAACACUAGCAUUACUGAUCUCGAGGCUCUGGCGUUUGCCCUAAAACGGGGGUUUCGAAAAAUUGUCGCUGCUCUUUGA